AUGUCCGUCACGCUACAUACGAACUUUGGCGAUGUGAAGAUAGAGGUAUUCUGCGAGAGCGUUCCCAAGACGGCAGAGAAUUUCAUUGCACUCUGUGCGUCCGGCUAUUAUAACAACUCCGCAUUUCACCGUUUAAUACCCAAUUUCAUGAUACAGACCGGCGCGCCUACGUCGCAACCAAAAGGAGGGACUUCGAUAUGGGAAGAAAAUUUCGAAGACGAGAUCCGACCGUCGUUGAGACACAAUGCCAGAGGAAUAGUCAGUAUGGCGAAUAAAGGCCCAGGUACCAAUGGAAGCCAGUUCUUCAUAUGUUUCGACAAGGCGCCGCAUCUGGAUGGCAAAAAUACGGUCUUUGGUCAUGUUAUUGGAGACGAUGGUUUGGCCACAUUAAGCAAGAUGGAGGCCGUUGAGGUGGACAAGAAGAACAGGCCGAAGCAAGAGAUCAAGAUAGAGAGCAUCACAAUUCACGCAAACCCAUUAGCGGGGUGA